AUGCGGGAGCCGCCCGGCCUGGAGGGCGCCGGGCAGACGAGUCCCCCGGGGCCGGCACAGCUCCCCGUCACCCCGCGCUCCGCCCUGGGCGGGAGGGGAGGAGCGGGGGGUUUCCCGCGGGAGCCGCUGCCGAGCGCAGGAGCCGCGACAGGUGCGGCGGCGGCCCCCGGCCGGAGAGCAGCCGGCCAAGCGCGGCCAGGCGGGGCGCGGGCGAGCAGGGGCGAUGCGGCACCUGCCGCGCAUAAAAGUGAUGCCGCGGCGGGGCGGCGGCGGGCCGAUGCGGGGCGGCGGGGGCGCGGCGGGCGCGGGGCAGGCGCGGGGACCGCGGGGGCUGCGGGCGGCGGCGGCGGGCGCGGGGCGGCGGCGGCGGGGGGCGGAGGGCGGCGGCGAAACGCGCGGGAGCGGCACCGCACACACAGCGUCAACUCGGCCUUCGGCGCCCUCCGCAGGCUCAUCCCCACCCGGCCCGCCGACCGCCGCCUGUCCAAGGUGGAGACGCUGCGCCUGGCGGCCAGCUACAUCUCGCACCUGGCCAACGUGCUGCUGCUGCAGCAGCGCCGGCACGGCGACGGGGUGGACGCUGAGCAGCCCUGCCCGCAGAACCCGCAGCCCCGUGAGUCCCCGCAGCCCUGCUCGCCACCGGGCAGCUCCACGCCGCGGCCCAUCUGCACCUUCUGCCUCAGCGAGCAGCGGCAGCGGGUAAGGGAUGAGAGGAGGAAAACAUCUUUACAAAAAAAAAGUAAAGGGCAGGAGGAUCAUUUCACUUUAUAUUCUCGGUCAAGUUAA